AUGAGGGCGGAGCAGCAUGUGAGGAAGCUGAGGGAAGAACGUCCGGAGCUGCUGGGGGAGAAAAUGGUAAAAGAAGCCGUGAGAGGAGCUGAGACGGGUGUGAGGAGCAUAAAAGUAGGGAUGGCGUGCGACUGGGGGACAGGAGACCUACGGGUAGGAGGAUGGGAAGGUCCAGUGUGGGACAAAGCCCAGGAGCAAGAGGAAGCAGAGAGGGAGAGCAAGGAAGUGGGGGCAUGGGAGUGCCUGCCUGUGGGGGAAGAAAGGCAGCAUACAAUGGAAAAUGCGACGAGUCAGGAAGCAGAAGAGGCCGUGAAGACGGUGCGAUGCUGCUGGUGGCCAACCGCCCAGACAGCGGAAGAUCAGAUCGCCAGCUCAGGCGCUGAUGGUGGUGAUGUUGAUGGUGGUGAUGGUGGUGAUGCUGAUGGUGGUGAUGCUGAUGGUGGUGAUGGUGGUGAUGGUGGUGAUGCUGAUGGUGGUGAUGCUGAUGGUGGUGAUGCUGAUGGUGGUGAUGCUGAUGGUGGUGAUGCUGAUGGUGUUGAUGUUGGGAGUGUGGAGAAGAGGCGAAGGGAGCUACAAGACGAAAUGAACCACCUCGCUGCGGAUAUCGGGCGGCACUUUUUGGCAGCUAGCAGGAGGAGGCGGGUGGCAGCAGAGGACCUGGGGGAGAGAGUGGAGGGCGUGCUGAGAGGGCUGGAGAUGGGUGCCGCGCGGUUCAGAGCGGUCGUGUCAUGGAGCGGUGGUCAUGUGGACUCCUCUCUCCCCAUUCCGUCUCGACUCCUCCUUCCCCUCUCCUCCCCUCCCUUCCCAUCCCAUCCCAUCCGCGCCCCUCCGCUCCCCUCCCCUCCCUGUCCCCCGCUCCCCCCCCCUCGUUUGCAGGAGCCAGCAGCCCCCCACUUCUACAGUGCCACGUCAGCUCCUCUCAGCCAAUCACAGCUCAGCAUGCAAGAGAGAAGAAGGGGUGGUGGAGGAGAGGGAGUGAGGGCGAGGAGGGUAGCGGGGAGUGGCGGCUGGGGAAGGGAGGUAGAAUCAGAGUGGGAAGAGGAAGGGGAAGGCGAUGAGGAAGAGGAAAGGGAGGAAGAAGAGGAGGAAGACGAUGAGGAGGAGGAGGAGGGGGAAGAGGAGGAGGAAAGCGGGCAGCAGAGGCAGCAUGGGACAGAGAUUUUGGUGGAGGAGAGAUUGAUACGAGCGGAGGGGGCUGAGAGUGUGGGCGAGAGGAGCGACGUGUUCUAUCGAUACAGCAGCACUGGCAUGGAUAGGGUGGGUGGCAUGAGCACGAGGGUGGGUGGCAUGAGCGUCAUGUGCAUCGCCCAUCUGCCCCACGCAGACACGCACAUCAGUGUGAGCGCAGGGGGGAAGAAGGGAAAGGACAAGGUCAUUUGCAUCACCCACCUGCCGCAGGUGGCAGUGUAUGCGGACGCACACAUCGUUGUGAGCAAGCACAUGGAUGGGGUUGAUGGGCGCAUGCGCACCACUGCUGCACCACUCCUCCCCCUCCAUUCUCCCUGCCCCACACCCCCUUUCCCACAGGUGAUCUGCAUCACCCACCUGCCGCAGGUGGCAGUGCAUGCCGACGCGCACAUCAGCGUGAGCAAGCAGAUUGGCGGGGCAGAUGGUCGCAUGCGCACCACUGCUGCCCGCCUCACGAGCCUGGAGGAACGGGCCUCGGAGGUGGCUCAGAUGCUAGGGCUGGGCCUGCCCUCAGCCCUGGAGCUGUUUAAAGCAAAGGGAGGCAUGGAGAGAGCAGUGAACACAGUGAACACAGAGCGGCACUUGAAGGCUGUCCAGAGGGAUGCUUGA